GGGGUGCAUUGUUUAUGAAUGGUUUAUUUAUAUUAUAAAUGAAAUCAAUUAUUUUUAUUUCUUAAAAUUUAAAUAUCAUCAAGUCGAAUUUUAUAAACACGGCGCCUAUAAACCAUAAACGUCAUUUUCCAGCCAUGUUUACGCUCGUGGAGCUAUGUUUACGCUAUUAAAAGUAGACUGCAGUUUAUUUCAACUUUUUCUGUGAAAAAGUGUGUUUUUGUGAUUUUUAAGUGUCGUUACAAAUUAACUAAAACAAUGGAUUCCACAGAUAGAGGUCAUCCCAAACAUUUAUGCCCAAUUUGCGGUGAUACAGCCAAUGGAAUGCAUUAUGGAGUAUAUAGCUGUGAGGGAUGCAAAGGAUUCUUUAAGAGAACAUUAAGAAAAGGUAUAUCAUAUGCCUGCAGGGAUAAAAGAAAUUGUAUAAUUAAUAAAAGGCAGAGGAAUAGGUGCCAGCAUUGUAGAUAUCAGAAAUGUUUACAAAUGGGCAUGAAGAAAGAAGCUGUGCAAGAAGCAAGACGAAGAACAAAAGAUAGAGAUACUCCUAUUGAAUAUCAAUGGGAAAAUAAAAUUAGAAUGCUCCUUGAAGCUGAGAAAAGAGUGCAAUGCAAUGAUCCAUCUGUUUCACAUAAAAUUGAAGAUCUUGUGGCCUCUACCUCGACAAAAGAAGAAUAUGUUAAAGAUGAUAAAGAUCAAAAACGCCAUGCAGUAGUAAAAACCGAAGAAGAUUCGGAAAUUAGUCCUACUGAAUAUCCUUCUCUUGGUGUUGAUAUUUUAAAUAUUCAAGAUGUAAUUAAAGAAGAGACCAUUGAUGUAACUGAAAACGAUUUGGAUGAAACAAACUGUACGGAAACAUUUGCAAAAAAUCAAAUUAACCACGAAAAAGAGCAUAUAGAAAAAUGUAUAGAUGACACAAUAUGUUAUUUAAUUAAAAAAUAUUUAGAAAACAGACAUAAACCACAAUUUACAGAUUAUCUUUCAAAAAUGUCGUUUCUUGAACAGUUAAAAAAAGAACUUUAGGAUAA